CCGCGUCUGUGUCCUGGCUGCGGGAAUCCGGCUUCAUCCUCUCCCGGGAUUGUGCUUACCUAGACCGAGGGGUCUCUCCGGAGCGGGCCCGGGGCUCUGCCAUCCGGGGAGGAGAUGGCUCCUGCAAAGAAGGGCGGCGAGAAGAAGAAGGGCCGUUCUGCCAUCAACGAGGUGGUGACCCGAGAAUACACCAUCAACAUUCACAAGCGUAUCCAUGGAGUGGGUUUCAAGAAGCGUGCUCCUCGGGCACUCAAAGAGAUCCGGAAAUUUGCCAUGAAGGAGAUGGGGACUCCAGAUGUGCGCAUUGAUACCAGGCUCAACAAAGCUGUCUGGGCUAAAGGAAUAAGGAAUGUCCCAUACCGUAUCCGUGUGCGGUUGUCCAGAAAACGUAACGAGGAUGAAGAUUCACCAAACAAGCUCUAUACUUUGGUUACUUAUGUACCUGUUACCACCUUCAAAAAUCUGCAGACAGUCAAUGUGGAUGAGAACUAACUGCUGAUUGUCAAAUAAAGUUAGAAAACCACC